AUAUCAUAUGGAUGCUCGGUAAAUGUAUGUUGAGUUGUUCUAGAAUAAUAAAUAUUUCAUUCAUUUUUCUUAGGCAAAGUUCCUCCAGACCAGGCGUGCAUAUAAAAUAGCUUUGACAGGCGUCCGAGAUCUAUUUCAGAGCUAAGUUUCGUAAAAACCCUAUUCAAAUCUGUAGAAAUGGAUUUGAAAGCAUCGAAACCCUUCAGAAAGGUUCAGUAUUCGAUGGAAAUUUUUGGUAUUUGGUCCGACCAGAGAACCACGAAACAUACAGUUUCUCGAUUACUGUAUAUUAUAAUUUGCGUCCUAUUCAAUGUUUCUUGCUGUCUUGGAUUCUAUUAUCAGCUGGAGACGAGAAAAAUAACUUUCAUUUUUUCGAACAUGGCCAUACUGCUUGUAGGAGGUUACGGAAGUAUUGCCAUUUUGUUACAAAACCAAAAAUCGUUCAAUAAUUGGCUUAGAGGCAUGUUUCAAAACGAGAAAUUUCUCAACUGUCAUCCUAACGAAACAUUGAGAAAUAUUUAUCGAUCGAAUCUCGCUAAAAUUUGGCCAGAAACUCUAUUUCGUCUGAACAAAUGGUCUAUUUUCACAGCGGAGGCAAUGCUUAUUGGAGUUUUUUUUCUUCACACUUAUAAAAAGCUAAAUGUAAAAGAAGAAUGUGUUGCUUCCAAAGAUUGCAGCAUGAUAUACAUAGGAUAUUAUUAUUCACCCUGGAACGUUGAUGAAUAUUACUGGUUAGCUAAUUUGGAAAAUGUAGCUUUUGGUGGAUUCUGUUGUGUUGUUGUAUACUGGAGAGAUAUGUAUUUCACCUGUUUCAUCUGUUACCUCAGGUGUAAACUUAAGGUCUUGUCUUAUGUCGUUGGUCAUUUGGACGAAUUCGUUGAUAACAGUUUGAAUGAAGAGGAAUAUUUUCAUGAGGUGAGCUGUGUUAUUAAGCAGUGCAUCCAAGAGCACCAAAGUAUAUUCAGGUAA